GUUCGGUCACCGUCAUGAUGGAGUAAGGUCAUGCAGACUGUGCAAAAGCAGAGAGAGGCCAUUCGAAAGGAAUCCCGCAACAUUUAUAAUCGCCUGAGAUCCAUUGCAGAGGAUUCCGCUUUUGUUGCUAAAGUGGCAUCCCGCUUCCCUCACCUUCCACUCAUUGCGAAUGAGCGUUGCGGAAGCUGGUACCUUGAUCCUGACAAGGCUUUUGGAAAGAGUGUAUAUUUCAAAUCGACGGACGGUCAUUUUGGGAAAUGGGACUUUAACCUACGUCGAUUGAAUUUCCACAUCCUGUCCGAUAUCUGCAAGCACAAAGGAUGUAUCAUUGUAGACUCUACCCGAAAUGGCAAACGGAUUCCGGAUAGUUUGUCAAAGACGAUACCCAUCUGGUGCGCAGUCUUGAAUGCUGCCGUGAAAGAAUACCGCGACUCGCUUGGGGGACUAGGUUCACAAAGUCAAUCAUGUGAUGGAACUAUCAAUGGGCAGAAAGAUGCGCCAUCUCAACAGCCGGUACCAGAAGCAGAGAUGCAACGAGAUAUAGGCCUCUGUACGCUUCCUUCGGUCGUGUCCAGAUCUGAACACGAUCAAAUGGCUCUACGAAUUCCCGCGUUUGUGAAGAAGCUGAUGGCUUCGACAGCCGAUAUUGCUUCGCUUUCCGAAAGCCUCCAAAAGCCUCUGCGGCCCCUCUGGAUCACGCCGGCCACCGACAUGGAAAUGAGCUUUGGAUGGCAUGACGGAGACGACCUUGAUUUCUAUCCAGUUAUACUCCUAAGUGCUUCACAGGCUGUACCUGAUGGCAUGGACCGGCGAGAAGGGUAUACAUAUGUGCAGGGUUCGGCUGACGACCAUGAAAUGUGGGGCCAGGGCCUGGACCCAUCAAUAUUUUGGGAAAACGCAGAGGAGAUUUUGGCAACCAGUAAUACGACAGAAUGUGAGCAAGUUGUUUCCAGUAUCUUGGCCAGCAGAAACCUGGAGGCUGGCAUGCCAAAGAAGAAUACCGUCUCCUUUGAAUGGCUUGGCGAAAUGGGAAUUGCUAUUGGCAACCGCACUAGCGGCCGACCACCAUAUUGCUGGUCCAUCUUUGACUUUGUUAUCAACUGCGGGGCUCCUGAAUAUGACUGCACGGAAUUCCAAACCUAUGCAAAGAACGGUCGAUAUUUGUACCUCCCAAUACCCGAAGGCAAAAAGGGGCAGCAUGAACUGUUCCGAUGCCUGCCAAUAGUCCUAAAUUUUGUACAGAACCCUAUCAAAGAUGGGAAAAAGAUUCUUUUUCAUUGCAUGCAAGGUAAGGAUCGGUCAGUCGGCAUGGCCUUGGCAGUCCUCAUUCGCUAUAUGGACGACCAGGGACGACUGCAUCCAGAUGUGAAAUCACCCAAAGUCACAAAGGAAAUUGUUCAUAACCGUCUGUUAUUCAUUCAGUCGCAUAGACAUGUCGCAUCACCUACUCGGGCUACUAUGCAGAAAGUCAAAUCGUAUUUCAUGUGUCCUGAUACAUCAAAUAUGGCAACUUAAGAGGUCAUGAUCGGAUAUUGAGUGUAUGCCCCUAAUCAUUCUCAUCCAAUCGAGAACAGGUGCCAACAAUGCUUGCCGCAUUCUGAGGCCCUGUAAUGAUCGUAAACAAGCAAGAUUAUUAUGUUGGACCACAACUGAUUCGUGUACCAUGUGUUGUUGAUGUGAAUAGACUAUUGUAGAGUAUUGCCAGGUUCCGAACCAUAGAUUGUUAUCAAAUUAAAGAUCCUAACAAGGAAAUUAGUUUGUUUACAAUUUGUAUGCAAAGUC